UAAACCUGGGCUGGAUGGCCCAGCCGCCUUCGCUAAGUCUUACUGGGGCAUUUCCACAAACAUUAUAGAUUCGCAGAGCGGGGCAAUGGCUUCUGCAGGAAGAACUCUUGGAUCAAUUUUCCAGAAAGCCACUCUUUCAAGCGGUAUAUUCGCCUUAAACCCGCUCCAGAAACCCUACACUUUGCACAGUUUUUUUCGAGGAAUAUCGCCUUCUAGAUUGUCACCUGUUGUAGGUGAUGCUCAGAGAAAGAGGAGGAUAUGCUCAACUCCCCCUGUUUGUAUGGGAAGGCGUUCUUGCAAGAUCGCUGGGAGAAAGGAUGCACAAAAUUUGAAGAAGAUGAAAAGAAACAGUAGAAUUGGGAAAGAAAUUGUCUCUGCCAUAAAAAAGGGUGGUCCAAAUCCAUCUUCGAACACAGUUUUAGCUGCUGUUUUAGAGAGAGCCAGAGAACUUGAAGUACCAAAAGAAAUAGUGGAAAGGAACAUAAAAAAGGCUUCUGACAAGGGUCAGGAAGCAUUUAUUGAGAAAUUUUAUGAGGUAUAUGGCUUUGGUGGUGUUGGCAUGGUAGUUGAGGUUUUAACAGACAAAAUAACCAGAUCAGUGGCUGAUGUUAGAGGGGUGGUAAAGGACAGUGGGGCAAAGCUUGCUGACCCAGGAUCCAUCUUAUUCAAGUUUAGAAGAGUUCGAGUUGUUAAUGUAAAGGCCAAUGAUGAUGAAAAAGACCAGAUUCUUGCUAUUGCUUUAGAUGCUGGUGCUGAAGAUAUCAUUGAACCUAAUGUUAAAGAGGAGGAUGAUUCAGAAGAUAAUUCGGAAAGCUAUUAUAAGAUUGUCGUCUCUACAGAAAACUACUCUGAUAUACUAUCAAAAUUACGAGAUGCAGGUGUAGCUUUUGAACCAGAUAAUGGUUUUGAGCUCUUGCCACUAAACCCCAUUGAGGUAGAUGAUGAAGCCAUGGAUUUAAACAAGGAGCUUAUGUCCAAGCUGCUUGAACUUUAUGAUGUUGAUGCCGUUUACACUGAUCAAAAGUGAUUUUUUAAGAAAUGAUACCCGAUUAACAGUAUUCUUCUUUUCCCUCUUUUUUCUGUUUUACAUCGAAGUUUUCAUUUACAGUUUCUUUCUGUUCUCCUAUGAACUUGGGGGAUGUUUAUAUAUAUAAAAUGUUUUGUGGGUUGAAUUUUCUGCUCCUUGGAUUCAUUUAUUUUGAUGUUAUAACCUUCAAAUAUAAGAUUCAAACCUUUUUUUUUU